AGAGAGAGAGAGAGAGAGAGAGAUAAUGGGAAAGAAGAGCAAGGUUCUUGUAGUAGGGGGAACGGGGUACAUUGGGAAAAGGAUCGUUAAGGCAAGCUUAGCCGAAGGUCAUGUUACAUACGUCCUCUACCGGCCGGAGAUCGGCACGGACAUAGAGAAACUUCAGAUGCUCCUUUCCUUCAAGGAUCAAGGGGCCCACCUCAUCAAAGGGUCAUUCUCCGAUCACCAAAGCCUCGUUGAUGCCGUCAAACAAGUCGACGUGGUCAUCUGUACCAUCUCGGGCGUCCAUCUCAGGAGCCACCAGAUCCUCCUCCAGCUUAAGCUCGUAGACGCCAUCAGAGAAGCUGGAAAUGUAAAGCGGUUCUUGCCUUCGGAAUUCGGGAUGGACCCGGCACAAAUGGUAGAUGCAAUGGAACCUGGAAGAGUGACAUUCGACGACAAGAUUAUAGUUAGGAAGGCCAUCGAGGACGCCAACAUUCCCUUCACUUACGUCUCCGCCAAUUGCUUCGCUGGCUAUUUCGUUGGCGGUUUAUGCCAACCUGGCCAUAUCACCCCUUCAAUGGAUACCGUCAGCUUCUUAGGCAACGGUAAUCCCAAAGCUAUUUAUGUGGAUGAAGAUAACAUUGCAACGUACACCAUCAAAGCAAUCGACGAUCCACGUACGCUGAAUAAAACGCUAUACCUACGGCCACCAGAAAACAUCUUGUCGCAGAGAGAGGUGGUCGGAAUCUGGGAGAAACUCAUCGGGAAAGAACUCGAAAAGUCUACAAUCUCAGCAGAGGACUUCCUUACAACCGUGAAAGGGAUGGACUACGGACAGCAGGUAGGGUUAACCCACUACUACCAUAUUUUCUACGAGGGCUGCCUCGCGAAUUUCGAGAUCGGGGAAAACGGAGAAGAGGCGUCGGAGCUGUAUCCAGAGGUUAGGUACACUCGAGUGGAGGAAUAUCUCAGGCGCUACCUGUAGAAAUAUUUCUAAGCUUCGGUUUGCGAUUGGACGGUUUGGAUCGUAUGCAUGUUGCUAAGGGUCCAUUUAACUUUGCUAAAAUAAGUGAUUUUAGACAAUUUUAUUUUUCAAAAGCCGUUAAUUAAUUGUUCAAUACGUUUUGAUGGCCCCACAAAAGUUAUGAACAUUUCUCAGUUUCCUUGAGA